AUGAGCUCGACGAUCUCGAGGAGUCUGGCGGGCCGGAAGGCACGCCGCAGACGUUCGAGAGUACAUUCGCUGGCGAUCGACGGCAAUGACUGUAUGCGUCAAGACAACAUAGUCGUCGAGAUCCCAACAUCGACGGCACGCGCGGCUACAAUGACCUCGUCAAGUGAUCCGAUUCCUAGCCUCGGUCAACACGUGGACUUUCGUCAGCGCUUCGAGGAGGAGAUUAACACGUUCGCAACGAGCCUCGUACAUCGCGAGCCCAAAUACGUCCCUUCACACCAAGAGGAUGCACUGGCCAUGGCCAGAAUCGAUUCCAGCUGCGAAACGGCGAUCGAUCAUUGGAUGCUGGCACAGUCGUUUGGUUGCGUCAAGGCAACAGAUUUGACGGAAGGCGCAAUCGAACUUUGCCAGCUUCUUGUCGGAGUGGACGGCUGCGAGGAGACUAGAAAGGUUCUCGAGACUCUCUCUGCGCAUGAGAGUGUUUCCCCGAAAAAUUUUCUCCGUGGAUUAUGCGCUGGAGCUAUCACGCGAUGGGUAUAUCUGGACACUAAGCCACAGCUCCCAUCCGUCUGCCAAUAUCCGCAGUCGGAUGUUUUGAGAUCGGUUCUGGCUGCUACACCGAAUAUAUAUCGGAGGCUUGUCGACGCUAUGACCUUGGAAUAUCUUGAGAGACAUUUUGCAACAACUAUCCCAGCCUUGUCGAAAGAAUUGACAAAGAGGCUCCAUACCAUUCUCACGAACUUCAGAGGUCUAAAGUCGGCAAACACCCUGACAGAUCUAUCCGACCACAUCAAUAACUUUCGUGUCUGGGAACGUUACAUGGCGGAUGCUUUUGAGGGGGCAUUGAGACUACGAUUGAAUCAUCUUCGCAGCCCCAUGAAAUACAACUACACUUUCCCGUCCAGCGGCCAACCAUUCGUGGAAGACAAGAUGAUAUCUCUAUACUCGGAAGCGAGCAGACGGCGACCCCAUCAAGUUUGGCUCUGCCUGAGUCCUCUGAUUGAAAGCUGGAACGAGAGUAUGGACUCCUCAUCCCACGUGAUAAUAUCUCCGGCGAGGGUGAUCUCAUCGUGA